AUGACUUCCCUAUUCUCUCGAGAGGAGCCCAACCCUGAGCUAUGUGUCAAGUACGCCCACUUCGCCUCGCACAUGGUACGAUGGCAGUUCAAGAUUAUCUACUGGACACUGUUUGUGUCUAAUCUUUUGGUCUUAUUUAUCGCUUCGUGGACUUACAUCAGAGGCCAGACCGCUCUAGAAAAGCUAGCUCACAACCCCGGUGCUCGAACAAAACGGUUGCGGCAGUGCGUAUACAUGUGCCUAGCAUGUGUCUCAGUCUCAACGGUCAUUGUCGUCAUGGAGGCGUAUUCCAUCCUAGCUCUACAAUUCUGUGACGGCGAAGAUCUCAUCUCUCUGUACUGGUCGACAUGGACUAUGAUCCAGAUUGGAUCUCUGAUUGCCAUGAUCGGUAUCAUCCUUGCACUGGCUCAUACCCUUCGCGGACGACAGCAUCCACCAUGGGCUCUUGCUCUGGGUACACCAGUUCUCGUCAUCGCCGGAUUCCUCCACCUGUUCCAUGAUAUCACAAAGAAGCGAAUCAAGAACCAUCGUCGAAAGAACAACUUUGACGAUAUGAUGGGGCCUCCCAUGAGCCAAGCCAACACCAUCUCGGUCAACCCGGAUGAAGAGCAAGACAUCGAGUACAAGGCUCAAGUUAUUGGACUUACAUUCGAUGGCGGUCCUAUUAUUCGAUUUACCGACGCUGUCCCAGAGACUCUUCCUGAGCAUGCGCAGUUGUUGGGUUACUGCCCCAAGAACAAGCCUAUCGUGUUUUGUACGCGGCAGUCCAUUCAGUUCUUGAUGGACUCUCCAGCACAAGUCCCACGUUCGGCAUCCCCCAGCUUCCGAAAGGGCAGUUGA